UCACAAACAUACUUCGUUACGAUAUUCGCUCACUUGUUUACAAUUUUGGUGUUUAUAAAAUGUAAAAGUUCAAUUAAAGCAAAAUGACACUGGCACACCGAGCGCUUUUCACAUGGUUUAUAGUUUUAGUGUUCCUUAUACUGCUCUGCUUAAGACUAGAUCCACGCACAACCUGGAAUUGGUUUGUCACCUUCACACCACUCUGGUUCUUCGACUGCAUUCUUAUAAUUUACGUGCUCAUCAAAUUUAUACGCAAAUGGCGUAAUUUGAAUCGCCUCACUGACCUGCUCUCUCUCUACAAAUGGAACAUUGUGGGUGUAUGGUUGACGAUAACCUCUCAGGUGAUGAUCUGCAUUACCCUGGAGUAUCCGCAACAGAUACCCAUCUAUGUGACCAUGGCGCCUCUGAUGUUGCUCCUCUGCACUGCCAUCGUCUAUGUGGGUGGAAAGCUGAGAAAGCGCGAAAGCUGGCUCCAUUAAACAACAACUAUUUAUGUAUUUAUG